AGUUCAUUAAAUAGACAUUAAGAUCCGGAAAUACUCCUUAUUAGAAACAGAUUUUUGAAUAAACGUUUUGAAUGAAGAAUAAUGAAAGAUCAAUAUUAAGUUUUGUAAAAAGAAUUGACCUAUGAUUUGUGUAUUUGGAACAAAACAAGAUGAUAUGUUCAAUGUUGUUUUCAAGAUUACGCAAUUGGCAGUGUGUAGACCGAACAUUGGUUAGACUAUUUGAAAUAUUCAACUCAAAGAACAAACUUAUGCAAGAAACAUAAUCUGAUUCACAAUUCAGUUUACAGAAAGUUUCGAAAAUAAAUUUUUAGAUAUUUGUAUUACAAUAUUGAGAAAACCGACUUUAAAUGCGAUAAACAAAAACACGCAGGACAAGCUCGUUAUUUACAUUCAAGGACUCAACACAGGAAAUCAUAUACUUGGGGAUAACAAACAUCCUUUGCUACUCAACAUUCCUCAACUUAUUACUCAAACAAAUACAUCCUACUGUUCAAUCAUUCAGGCUCAAUUUCACGACAGUACAAUAGCUUUAUUUGAAAAUAUAGAUCGAAAAUGGUUUAUUUAUUUUUAAAACGUAUUGUUCGCUGUGCCUCAGAGGAUUAUCCAGUCAUUACAGAAAAAGUUAUUAAAGAUGAAUUGUCAAAAGAAACUGGUUGGGACAGAAUUAAAAGAAUGUAUAGUACAGAUGAGUUCGGCAUUAGUCCUGAAAUGAAUUAUAUAGUAACAACUGGAAAAUAUAUGUUUGUUAUUACUGCAUUUUUUGGUGGAUUUGGAAAUAUGAUAAGAGCUAAAGAAGAUUUUCUUCGAAAAAAUAUGGCAACCACAUGGGAAAGUCAGCAUUUAGCAAGAAGAAGCCUCACUGACACAAUGACAUUGGCAUUGUUUAAGGGAGGAGCUAAAUCAGCUCUUAAAUAUGGUUCAUUCAGCAGUCUUUAUUUAUUAACUACAAUGACAGCUGCCAAUUACAGAGAUAAAAUAUCAAUAUGGGAUCAUGCAGCUAGUGGAGCGGCGUUAGGUGCUUUGGCACGAUUGAAUUACGGUUUGAAAGGUUUUGCUGUUGCUGGAGCUUUAGGUGGCUGCCUUGGGUUGGUGGCUGGGAGCCUAAUAACCAUGACUUUGGGAAUUAAUGGAAUGACUAUGGAUGAAUUUCGAUGUUUUCUCCACGAAGAGCAAUAUCUGCGCAUAAAGAAAGACAGACUAAAUGAGUUGAAGAAAGAAUUAUAGUAUUAUUCUGAUGACUGCUACAACAGCUCUCUGAAAUUUUAUGUUUAUAAAAUAUCAUUAUUUAUUUCUCUGUAUAAAACUGCAUCAAUAAAAACAUUCAAA